UAUGAAAUAGAAAAAUAAGAAACCAAUAUCUGAUCUUUUGAAGCAAAAAAGAAUAGCAGAACAAUAAUCAUAACUUCCUUAAUAACCCCCUUCACCUCCAUCUCGAUCAUCUUCAUCAUGUUCAUCUAAAACAUCUGAUAAUCCAUAUGAAUCUAGUAGUGAUGCUGAGGAUUAUGAGGAUUAUAAAAAAGAUGGUUAUCAUCCUGUUAGUAUUGGUGAUAAAUUUCAUAAUGGAAGAUUUUAAGUAAUUCAAAAAUUAGGAUGGGGACAUUUUUCAACUGUUUGGUUAGCACAUGAUAAAUAAUCUGAAACACAUGUUGCAUUAAAAAUAUAGAAAAGUAAAUAAAGUUAUCAAGAAAGUGCAAUUGAUGAAUUAGAACUCUUAAAGUAUAUUACAUAUAAAUUAAUAUAGGGAUUUAUAGAACCAUUUAAAAGAUGAAAAAUGGAUUUAGUAUUAAGAAUAAUUGUCAUAGAUUCCAAAAUUAGAUUAUACAACAUUAAAAUGGUAUGAUCCAAAUAUAAAAAAUACAGAAUAAGAUAUAGAAAUUAAAGUUAAAUUGAAUGAAACAUAUUGUGUAGAAAUGGUUGAUAAUUUUAUUCAUUAUGGAAUGCAUGGAAAACAUUAUUGUACAGUUUUUGAAGUCUUAGGACCAUCAUUAUUAGAUUUAAUUAUACAUUUUGAUGAUUAUGAUAAAAGAAUGGGUAUGUGGUUAGUCAAAUAAAUAACAAGAGAACUAUUAAUUGGAUUAGUGUAUAUGCAUGAAGUAUGUAAUAUCAUUCACACUGAUUUAAAACCAGAAAAUAUUAUGCUUUAAUUGAAACCAUCAAAUUUUGGAGAAUUUGUAGAAUAAAUGAAAAUGGUUAAAAAGAAACCAAUUAGUAUGAAAUUUUUAGAAAAAUUAAAAAAAUCAAUGAAAACAACUAACAAAAAAUAAGAAAAAAGAAAAAAGUAAAAAUAAAAGAAACUAUAAUAAUAAUAAGAAAAAGAUUAGUAGAUAUAAUAAUAAUAAGAAAAAGAUUAAUAAUAAUAAUAAUAAUAAUAAUAUUAAUAAUAAUAAAUUGAAUUACCUAAAUAAUAAUUGGAAAAUAUAAAUUAAGAAAUAAGUACAAGUAAUAUUACAAUAUAAGAAAGUGUUUUAGAUGAUUAAAAAAAAUAAUAAGAAAUAGUUUAAGUAAAUGUAGAAUAAAGUCAAAUAAAUAAUUAAGUAGAUCAAACUGUUACUGUUACAGAUGAAGAUACUCAAUAAAUAUAAAAUAUCGAGAAAAGUCAAAGCUUAAUCGAAUAAUCAGCUAUUUGUGAUAAAAAUGAUUAAGAAUAAUAAUAAAAAGAAGAAACACAUCAUAUUCAUAAACAUAGAAAUUUAUAAAAAGAGAAAGAAAAAGCUAUGAAGGAUAAAAAGAAAAGUCAUAGUGGGGAAGAAGAAAAUUCAUCUGAUGAGGACGAUUAAGAUUGGAAAUCAGAAGAUUAAAGUGAAGAAUCAGAAUCAGAAUCAAAUGAGAUAGAUGAAGAGACCUUAUAUACUUUAAAGUAUUAUAAAUUAAUUUAUUAUUAGAUGGAAAGAGCAUAUAAAAAUAAAAUUAGAUAGAGAUUUGUCAAUUAAAAUUGUUGAUUUUGGUAAUGCUUGUUGGACCCAUAAGCACUUUACUGAUAAUAUAUAAACUAGAGAAUAUAGAGCACCUGAAGCCAUCUUAGGAAUAGAAUAUGAUACAAGUACAGAUAUUUGGAGUACAGCUUGUAUUGUUUUUGAAUUACUUACUAAUGAUUAUUUAUUCAAACCUAGAAAAGGAAAAGGAUUUAAGAAAUCAGAAGAUCAUUUAGCUUAAAUGAUGGAAGUAUUAGGGAAAAUGAAUAAAAAAUGGGCAUUAAGUGGUUCUAAUAGUAGAGAAUUCUUUAAUAAGACUGGUUAAUUAAUUAAUAUUAAAGUAUAUAAGUUAAAUUUAUUUAGGAUCUACAUCCAACAUCUAUUAGUAAAAUCUUAAUGACUGAUUAUGGUUUUUCAUAUUCUGAUGCAAAUUAAAUUGAAGAUUUUUUAGUGCCCAUGUUAGCAUUUGAACCAAAGAAAAGAAUUACAGCUAGAUAAGCAUUAUAGCAUCCUUGGCUUUGGUCUAAAUGA